UUAUUAAGAAUGUCUUGUUGAGCAAAAAGGAGAAAAUUUUGAUGUUGGUUAUUUUUAUAAUGGAAAUUUUGGUUUUGCUUUUGGUGAAAAUUUUUAGGUAAACAUUUUUUGGCAUAUUAAUUUUUUUUGAAAAUAAAAUAAUUUUCAGUAAUGGAUUGUUUCAAUUUAUGGUUUAAACUAAAACGACAAUUUGGAUCGAAACAAUAAUCAAUUUAAUUUAAUCAACUUUUUUUUAUUUAAUUAAUCACCUACUUAUUAAUUUAAUGUAAAUAAGAAAACACUGUUAUUGUGUGCUAAGAAAUUACAACUCUCCACAUGAUUUUUUCUGUUCUAGGUUCCAACCGAUACCAGGGCUGGGCUAAUUUCAUAAUUCGUAUCUUUCGCGUAUUUUUUGGCAUUUUGUUUUUUAUUUUUAGAUUUCGCUCAGCAACGAUAUUUUGGUUGUCGAUACUCUGGGGUGAUCCUAUUUUAUAAUAUUCGCUCCUUCGUAUCAGAAGGAGGGAAUUUUUAAGAUUUUUUGUAACAGUGUUUAAUUUUGUCCUCGUGUUUUUUUUCAAUUUUCGUAUAAUUAAAUAAAUAAACUG